AUGCGUCAGUCAUUAUUGUGCGGUAGUGCUUCGUCGGCCUCCACCGUGGCUGAAAGAUACACGCGGGCGACGGACGGACAGACUUGUGUACAACAAGCGUGUGAUUUCUUCCCUGGUGUUUUUGGGUUCCGUCACAUUCCACCGAGCGCCGCAGUACAAUGUUUCCACCCACCGCGUUGUGAAGACACCCACUGGGUUUCGUCGCUCGCAACGGCCGCUCGGAUCGCCGGUCGACGU